AUGCUCAAACACAACGGGUCGACGCCGCUCUUGGUCGCGUCGCAGAACGGCCACCACGCAGUUGUAUCGGCGUUGCUCGCGGCGCACGCGAUCGUCGACCGUUGCAUGAACAACGGAGCGACACCGCUCUUGGCCGCCGCCCAAAACGGCCACGGCGCCGUCGUCACGACACUCGUGGCAGCGCAAGCGGCGGUGAACCAAGCGAGAAAUAAUGGAGCGACACCCCUUUGGCUCGCCACCAAGAAUGGCCAUGAUACCAUUGUCGCCGACCUGCUCACCGCCCAUGCGGCCGUGAAUCAAGCUCGCAACGACGGGGCGACCGCUCUCUUGGCGGCGUCUCAAAACGGCCACGACGCCAUUGUAGCGAUGCUCCUUGCGGCCCACGCAUCGGUCAACCAAGGCGCGAGCGAUGGUGACACGCCCCUUCUCGGCGCGUCGCGCAAUGGGCAUCACGAGAUCGUUGCUCAGCUCAUUGACGCGGGCGCCGACGUCGAUCAGGGCCUUCGAGAAUGCUUUCCGUCCCAGGACCAGCUUCUCAUGCCCGGCGCGACGCCGCUGUUGGUGGCCGCACUGUUCGGCCACGAAGACGUUGCCAGAGUUUUGCUCUCUGCCCGCGCCAACGUACAUGCGACCGACGUGAAAGGCCAGACAGCGCUGACGGUAGCCAUGCGCGGCGGUCACUUGACCAUCGUCGGUCUCCUCCUCGACGCAGGCGCCCACGCAGACGGCAUCGACCUCGCGCGCCUCGAGGAAGCGUACGACGCGCGUGCCUCGGAGCUUUUGGCCGCGGUCGUCGCUGGGGAUGUCGUGCGCGCGAGUAUGCUCGUGGAAGAGAGUGUGAGCCCCAACAUCACCACCGAGAGUGGCGACAGCAAGUGGCAAAAAAUGUAUUUGGAAGAGAUCGAAAUGGAAAAGUGUCCUCUGGAUGGAGCCUAA